CCGGCCCUAGCUAACGUCAUUGUGAUAUUGUGUACACAAAUAACCACGAUGAUAAAUGGUGUUUAUAUAAGAAGAAGAGCUGCACAACUACAGCAGCAUCACUGGGCCAUCACUAAUACUACUAGCACCACGACUACCACUACUACAACCACUAGCUAGCAACUAACUCACUCCAACUGCAAGGAUGCUCACAUAGAUGCUAACGCUAGCCGAACCUGCUGGGAGAGGAACAGGACAGAGGGAGACUGACGUCUGAUCUUGAUCUUUACAAAAUGGACAGGAAGCCUGAAGAAGAAGAAGGGGGAGGACCUGGCUCAGACUAGGACUUGUGACUUGCAGGCAUCGUUAUGCGACACCACAGACAGAGGCUGCUCGGCUUAAACAGGACGGAUUCUAAAGCAGCAGUGUGCCUGUCCUUCCCACAAGACUUUAAACCUCACAAGCUGCCUGAUCAUAUGAUGUUGCUGUAAAGACCCUGGAGUGGAUCAGAGAAUGGCGCCAUCGGAGGUUGUAACAUUCUUCAGGAAUUCAGACUUUUGGGAUCCUACAGAAUGAUCAUUCUUCGUACGGCCGAGCAGGACGUUUUGUAACGACAGCAUCUUUCACCAAAACCCACAAACACCCCAACAACGGAACUGACUGAGAUACAUGCUAAUGGAGGAGGAAAACGUGUGCUCCACCCAACCAGAUGUCACAGAUUCAGUCCUCCAGCAGCCUCAACAAGACUCAUGGACGUCCAUGGACCACCAGUACGUGAAUGGAGAGGAGGAGACCAUCGCGUGGGGCGACACAGAGGUUCAGAUGAACCGGGCACACGGGACGGAUCAACUCGGUCUGUUCCUCGAGGCAGGCCGAGAGAGCCCCGAGGAGGCGGAACAGUGGGAGCAGAUCGUGUGGCCGGCGCACCCCGUGACCUGUGCCGGCGCGCCGCUUUCCUUCGCCACCGUGCAGUGGGACAUGCCCGAUCCCUCGGCAGCGACACCUUCAUUCAGGGCUGACGGCGGCGUGGCCAAUGAGCCGAGCUCCGGCGGCUCAGAGAGUCUCGGCACCGCUUCCCCCUCACUUCACCAGUCUCAACGCGUCAAUGCUGAUCUUUUCAUACGGCAGGGCAGAGUGGACAGAGAUGAGGUUGAUUCUCGGUUUCUCAACUUCCAUCGAGAGCGGACAGGAAACGGCUCAGAGCCAUGUGACGCUGCAGAUGUGCAAGAGCCGCCGACACAGGAAAGAGAAGAUUCAACACACGAGCUGUUGGGAAGUAAUAACGGCAUCCCACUGAGGGCCGACUCAAAAGAACAAGAGGAGGGAUGCUCGGGAACCUCAUAUCCUGUUGAAACUGUGGUCUUAAUCAACAUUCUUGAAGGGAAUGACAUCUCAGAAGUUGAAGUGGACAGUUGUGUCGAUUCGAAGCUAGAAGAGGAACAAGUGGAACCCGGCGUUCUGCUGACUGGACAGGGAGACUCUUCAGCGAACGGUGUUGAGGACGAGGAAGAAGGCGAGGAAGACGAAGAGAAGCAGAUAAACGAGUCCUGUACUGAAGAAAGUGAAGAUGCAAAAGAUGUCCGUUGUCUGAGUAAUGUGGAGUUUCCUGCUGAGCAAACUGAUGGUACUGGACCGACUGUAAGCCCAGACGAGCUGAUUGAUCGGAAGCACUCAGAGCUCCUGGAGGAAAGGCAACACUCAGGGCCUGAAGAGGCCAUCGCGCUACUCCAACGGUUCCAUGAAGAUCCCAACGGUCAGACUGCAGAGCCAGAUAUGUCUGAAGAUGUAGACCAUGAACAGUCGGAUGCUGCGGACGACCACGAAGAACCGUGGAUUAAGGCGGCAGACAACACAGAGAGGAUAGAAAACUCACCAGAGAUAAUCGAGCUGACGGAAGAACCGAAGGAGACGAGUCGUUUAGAGGAACGACAUUGCGGCCGGGUCGAUCUUUCCCUGCAGCCUCAACGAGCCGAGUCCGAGCGGCUCGAGAUGACCGGCGAGUCAAAGCAGAUCCAAGCGGAGGUGUCGCGGGACUCCGACCGGCGAGGGAAGUCCCAGCGCCCGAAACAGCCACCGGAGAUGGAACUGCCGGAGGAGUCCACCCGACGUGAGGCGGCCGCCCUGCCGGAGGACUCCACUCAGUCAGAGCUGACAGCUUCUGCCGGAGUGGCGGAGCGGCGAGAACAGACGGAGCCGUCGGAGCAGAAUGAGCAGAUGCCGCAAACGAGCGACUCGUCUCAGCCGGCGCUCUCUGGGCAGCUUGCGCAGCCGGAGACGGAUGAGUCCGAAGCAACGGAGCAUCUGUCUCCCGAGCCCGAGGUCACGCGGCAGACAGCGCGGGCCGAGUUCAACCAGGUGGACAAACAGGCUGAGACGUCCCAUCGGGGCGAAGAAGCGGGAGAUGCUGAGGACGGCUCCGUGCGAACAACCGUCGCAAAUGAAGAGCGACCCGAAUCCCCCGAGACGGCAGCGCCUCAGAUGAACGGAGACGCGGUGACCAGAGAGAUGGCCCGGCGCCUCGCGGAACGGCUGUACGGGUUGGACGGCAUCCAACGCGCGGACGUGGUGAAGCACUUAGACAAAGAUAACGACUUCAGUCGAGCUGUCGGGGAGGAAUACCUGAAACUAUUUGACUUCACCGGGGAAACGCUGGAUUUUGCCGUGAGGUCUUUCCUGAAAGUGGUGGUACUGAUCGGAGAAACCCAGGAGAGGGAGCGUGUGCUGCAGCAUUUCGCCUGCCGCUUCCAUCAGUGCAACCCCGACUCCUUUACCUCUUCAGAGUCGGUGUUGGCACUCACAUGUUCCCUGAUGCUUCUCAACACUGACCUGCAUGGACAGAACGUAGGGAAAUCAAUGUCCUCGACUAAAUUUGUGUCCAACCUCGAUGGGAUGAAUGAAGGAGAAAACUUCAGCAAGGAUCUCUUGAAGAGUCUCUACAACUCUAUAAAGAGUGAGCCGCUGCAGUGGGCGAUUGACGAGGAGGAGCUGAAGAGCUCUGUGUUGGUGGACGAGGACGCAGCAGGAGAUGCGCCGCUGCGCUCGAAGGCGAACCCCUUCCAGGACAUUCCUCAUGACAAAACGGCUUCUGUGGCCAAGCAGGGGUUCCUCCAGAGGAAGCUGCACGCCGACAUCGACGGCAAGCGCACUCCGUGGGGAAAGAGAGGCUGGAAGACUUUCUAUGGAGUGGUGAGGGGAAUGGUCCUUUACCUGCAGAAGGAUGAUUACAGGAGGGAUCAGCCGCUUGACGAGGAAGUGGUGAGUUUGCAUCACUCUCUGGCCGAGCAGGCGGCCGAAUACACCAAGAAGCCACACGUCCUCCGUCUGCAGACGGCUGACUGGAGGGUUUUACUCUUUCAGGCCUCAUCCAAAAUGGAGAUGCACUCAUGGAUCAGCCGCAUCAACCUGGUCUCGGCUCUUCACUCCUCGCCUCCGUUCCCCGCCGCCGUCGGCUCUCAGAGGAGAUUCUGCAGACCCAUCCUCCCCUCAGCGCAGUCGGCUCAAACUCUGGAGCGUCAGCUGCAGUCGUAUGCAGGAACACUGCAGUCCUUCAAAGACGACUUAUUGUACCUGCAGCAAAACAUGCCCGAGGGCAAAAGAGCCAAAGCCAAGGAGCUGGAGGAGCAUCGCGUCAAAGCGGAGUACCUGCAGCACGAGAUGUGUCGCUAUGAGCUCUACAUCCAGGGCCUGGAGGCCUGGAGGAGCGUGAAGACGACAGGCGGCAGCGCGUUGAGCGUCGCGGACCUGAAACAGUUUGAUAAAGCAGUGUGUGGCGACUCUGUGGGGGAGGGAGACGAGGUCGCUGGCGGACUGAAGAAGUCCCACUCCAGCCCCUCUCUGGAGCUGGAGAUGGUCGUUCCCACGGUGAUCAAAGUCAAACGCAACAUCUCAGAGAGACGGACUUAUCGCAGGACCGUCAUUCCUCGGUGGAAUAAAGAGGUUUAAGCUGUUUUUUAUGAGCUGCUGCUGUGAGCUGACCGCUCGAUUAGUUGUGGAAGCACUGAGCAGAGAAGGAAAGAUACACCAGCAUUUAUCUGAGGCUUUAGUAAGUUAGUAUUUUGUUUUUAUGCAUUUUUUUUAUCUUGUGCACUUUUAUAAAAUUUAACCUCAGGGAAUCCCGAACCCUCAAGAAAGAAAGCGGGAACCUGAUUAAUUUGUCUGAGUGACUCAAAAUGUCUGGAGCUAAGUUAUUUAGUUUAGUUGUGUGAACUUUGUUCUUUAGUAUUACUCAACAAGGUACGAAUUUGCUUUUGUUUGUUCUUUUUACUUUGCGAAAGAAUUGUCGCUUUUUAACAUGUCCACCACUAGAGGGUGCUGUAGCAUAGAACAACUGUAAGUGAAUGGAGGGGAACAAGGUGUGUGUGUGUGUGUGUUUUUAAAUAGCUGAAUUGCACUUUUAUUGUUUUUUAAUAUUGUGUACAAUAUGUUGAUGACAUUGUUACAUAUUGUUUUCAAAUGAAGGGUUUGUUUCCAAAAUGUCAUGUAUUAUUUUUUCUCGUUCGGGAACAAUAAAAUGUUACUUCUGUUCAUCUUU